AUGUCUGACUUUCCACCCAACAUCGCUCCACAAGCAGAUGGAUCUGCCGCCGCUGUUGCUAUUGCACCGCAGGAUCCACCGAAGGCAGCCCCCAUCACUGAGCAGGAGGUAGGCGAGUAUCGCGAACAAGACCGCUACCUGCCCAUUGCCAACGUGUCGCGUAUCAUGAAGAACGCGGUGCCCCCCACGGCAAAAAUCGCGAAGGACGCCAAGGAGUGUGUCCAGGAAUGCGUCUCCGAGUUUAUCAGCUUCAUUACGUCCGAAGCGGCUGAGAAGUGCCAGCUCGAGAAACGCAAAACGAUUGGUGGAGAGGACAUCCUUUACGCCAUGAUAUCGCUUGGGUUCGAAAACUAUGCGGAGACGCUCAAGAUUCAUCUUGCAAAAUUGCGGCAGCACCAAGCUGCGGUAGCUUCAAAUUCAAGGGGGGAUGGUCAUGAGGGACGUGGCGAUGAUGAUUAA